CAUAUUAUCUAUAUAUGUAAACGAAUAGGUCACUCGUAUUUAUUUUAGAUCUACUCCCAUUCCGCGAGAAUAAGAGGAUACGUAACCAGGAGCUCGGGUUGAAUACAAGUUUAAAUUCUAUCUGGAUAUAUGAAACCCACCAUGAUUUGUAAACUACUGAUAUCAACAGCUGUUUUCCACUUUGCACACGGUAUUACCUUAAGUUGUGUUCCUGACGUGCCUGAAAAUCACUCAAAUAUAUCAUGUACCUGUACAAAUACAACAAAAAAUGGCAUUGAAUGGCGACGUAACUCGCAAAUUGUUACAAGAUGUUCAGGAACUAAAGAUAAUUGCUUUCCGCCUUCCCUAAAACACAAGUCAUCUGUUUCUAGUGAUGAAUUUUACCUGGAAGUUAGCCCUUACUCAUACAAAGAUUGUGCAACAUAUAGUUGCAAAGACAUAAGCACAGCUGAAGAAGUCUUUGCCACAACAUCGAUAGCAGACUUUGACAAGAGAAGUAUUACAACAGAGGAACCUGGAGCUAAUACAGAUGGCCAAAUUAUGGUCAAUACGGGAUGCGUUUUCCCAACAUCUAACAUAACUGUUACAUGGUACAAAAUUGAGAAUGGAACAGAAGAAGAUUUUACAGCCAUACAAUCAUCAGAAAGGUCGAAUUGUUCACGUACAUGCAAUACAGAGACAGAUGAAAAAGUUGAAAGUGGAUUUACUCAUACUGAAUAUACUGGUUCCGACUAUGUGGAGGUCGUCUAUAAGGUUACAGUCACACACAACUUAUACAUAGACGAAGUAUUUACAUGGACGUCAUCGAAAUACCGACUUAAAGCAGGUACCACAACACCACCAACUUCAACUACCACAUCACCACCACCACCAGCAGCUUCAUCCACCACUCCCCCAUCUACAACAACCAAAUCACCAGAUAAAAAAACAACUGUUAUUAUUAUAGUUGCAAGUGUUGUUGGAGGGGUUGCUAUUGUGGUUCUGAGUAUCAUAGCCUGUAUAAAGUUAAGGAAAAACACUAAUACGAAGAAGAAAGAAGGAAUACGGGGCUGGCCCAAAAACUAAAGAUAGAAAGGAGAUGUCCUCAUUUUGACAGCAAACUUAGCAACAAAACAACAGAGUAUUAUGGCAAUAAUGAAAGGGAUUGUUAUGGUUUUGAAAAAGUGAUAAAAACAACACAAAUAUAUUUCAUUAUAUUACGAUAUUGAAUUUAUUGUUGCAUGUGCAGACCUAGCAUUUAUCAAGAUUUCGCACUGAAAGUCCAGAUCCAUGUAUCGAACUUCAGAAAUGUAAUAUUUUAGACUGAAAACUUCCAAUAUGGGGAAAAUUGGUAACUCGUUUACAAACCUUUCUGUAAAUAAGUCAUGAAAAAUUUACUUUUCCUACACUUAUGUUUCCUUUGAGCAUUUGAGAGAUGAUCAUUGAUCCGAUGUUCUUUGAAUUAUAUCUUUUCUUAAAGAAAUAAAAAUGGACCAAAUUUUACCAAAGAAAAAAAUUGUAUUUGCUUGUAGUAGAUUGUGUUAGCAUAUUAUUUUCUGCUUUAUGAAAUGGUCAAAGAUUAAGAGCAAAGAAUAUAUUUUUCAAAUGUUUCACCUGGUUAUACAUCUUGUUGAUGUAAACCUGAAACACCAAAUUUGUUUUGAAACAAUGAAAUAUAUAUCAAAGGAUAGCUUUGAUAUAAACAUUUGUUUACGAUGUUAUUGUAUGUUCAUCAACUAUUAUAGACUUUUAAUUAUCAUCUUAAAUGGUUUUCUCUGUAUAAGGUAAUUGUAUCUUAAUCAAAUUUAGAUUAUUAAUUAUUGUCUUAAAUGGUUAUCUUAAUAAUGUAUUUGUCUAUUACUAGAACACUUAAUCAGUAUAAUAAAUUCGUUGCAAUAUAGCAGAAAUGCGUAAUAACAUUUGUUAAUGUCAUACUUAUUUUAAAAUGUGCCAUUUGUGUUAUAAUUAAUAUAUUGGUCGUAAUUUUGUAUUUGGAUUUUGCACAAAAAUAUAUAGUGCCUUUUUAUUUUUUGAUGAAUGGAUAUUUUUUUUAAUUUAAUUUAUUUAUUAUGUUGAUUUAUUAUAACAUUGACCUUCACACAUAAAUGACAUUGACCUUGAAUAUUAAAUGACUGAAAUGUACUCUUCUGUGGUGUAACUGGCUAUUACUUUGUUCUUAAUAAACUGAUUGACUUCAUAAUGAUACCUUCAUGUAUAUCAACCUACUGCUUAUAAAUGUUCUUUUCCAUGAAGGUUUAAUUAAUAUAUAUUAUAAUAUGUUAUUAAAAAGCAACCAUAGGAAAAGACCUUCUAAAAGGUUAAACCGACAUUGACCCUUUAAUUGACUGUUAAAGUCUACUAAUUAAACCUCUAUAAACAUUACAUAGGGUCCAAAUUGGCCCUGUCACAGGAGGUCAUGAAUGUUCUUCAAUCAUUCCCCUUGCUAUAAAAUAGUCCAGCACGAAAGGGUAAACUCGUAUUUGAAAUGCCUGUCAUGCAUGUGUUUCCGUAAUGAAAUGUUUCAAAAAAGGUUCGCAUUGCUACCAGAAUAAAUCUUAGGACUGUUAAGUCUUAUGGUGUUAAAUAGAAUAUUUUUAAUUGUAUUCGACGGAUAUAAUGCGGAAAAGCCAUAACCCCUGGCCAAUUUUGACAUUUUCAUAAUGAAAGAUAAACACAGGCAAUUGUCUGAUACUGCGAAUUCACUUAUAUUCGUGGGCAUGAAAUUUCAUAGUUUUAUCGAAAACGGCAUUUUCGUUGGUUCUUAAAUUCGUGGAUUUUCAAUUUCUUGUAAAAAAUAAAAUAAAUUACCUUAUGUAAAGUUAUCUUUGACUUAAUCGCAUCGCAUUUUACUUACCGCAUGUACAUAUCUUUAAGCAUCACACAGCGCUUGUCAAUAGAUUUAAUCAAUGCCUCUGGUCAUUCAGUACACAAAAAUCGGCUGAAAAGCGCCGAUGCAUGUUUGUAAUAUAUAGAAUAGAGACAUGACAAGAAGUAUUUGUUGGGAUAAAAUUUCGUUGGAUCUUAAAUUCGUGGAUUGACCUACCCACGAACACCACGAAAAUUCAUGCCCCACGAAUAAUAAUGAUUUUACAGUAUCAAAAUCUGGUAGUCAAUCAUGACUAAACAGUAAAUGUAAAAGCUUAAAUUUGGCAUGUUUAA